GGCAGGGAGUGGGGAGGAGGGGUCGAAUGAGGUCGAAUGAAUGAGCCUCACAGUUCAUCGAAGAUCGAGCCACGGGUGCAAAGAAGGAGUCCGCCAAGCGAAGCGGUUCCAUUUACGCGAGGGGGCAUUCACAUGGGAACCCCCUCCGAGAUUGGCCACCACUAACUUACUCCCCCCCCCCCCCCCAUUUCGCUGAAUCGUAUAUGGUGACUGCCCAUCCGCUCCCGCUGCGCAGGUGUUGCUAGUAGUGCUUGCGCUGGAGGGAGAAUACAGUUUUUCAAACUGCGUUGUGAAGAGGGCGUUCGACUUUUAUUUUUUUGUUGAUAACAACUGGGUGUGUGUAAGUGUUGCAUUGCGCGCGAGGUUUAUCACAUUUGCAGGCUACAGUCGAUCGUGGACAGCUGUCUUGCAGCUGCUUGCUGCAUUGUGUUUCAGUGCCAGACGUCAACACACGAGUUCUAUCGUUCUUUUGCAAAGUCCCAGAUUUUUUAGAAGCUAGGCGAGAUGCGCAAUCUCUCGCAGACGGACUUAUGGAACAGGAAUCGGUAAAGUUGGAUCGCUCUGGCUGGAAUCGAUGACAUGCGCUGCAAGUCUUUUGUUUGAAGCUUGAUCGAAGCCCGAUCGUCGCCAUCGCCGUGUCGAAACAGCGACCUUUAGAUGCAUGCGUUUUGUUUGCUUGAGGCGCAAGUAAGCGCGCUUGGGACUCUGGUGGCUUUCGCAUUUGUCACCUCAGUGGGUUGCUCAUUUUAGUGGUUUUUGGUAGCAUUCAAGCAGUCUCUGUUUGUGGAGGCGACUUGGGGGCCUAUAAUAUUGUUGACGCAGUGACUUGGUUGCGAAGAUUCUGAUUGUUCGCGAUCCAAGGAGCUCGAGUUUAGGGUUAAAAGUCGGUCACCAUGAGGAACGAUCCAGCGCCAAAUGAGCGGACGGGUUUUUUCAGUGGCAAGAUGCUGCAGAAGACGCUGCACAACUCGCGCAUUACGAUAUUGUGUGGGGUCGUGACCAUUCUCGUUCUUCGCGGUACCAUCGGCAGCGGCGUCGACAAAACCCACUUUCUCGAUUUGACUCUGGACAUGGACGACAUACCGGACGUGGAAUGGGAUCCGAAAGUGCCAUUCAAGCUAGGACCUACGAUCACCAACUGGGACGAGCAACGCGCCAAGUGGAUAUCGAAGCACCCCGGCGCCAACGUGAACCUCCAAGGCAAGGAUCGAAUGCUGCUAGUCACUGGCUCACAACCAAGGCAGUGCGAGAAUCCUGUGGGAAACUUUCAGCUUCUCAAGGCGUUAAAGAACAAGAUUGAUUACUGCAGAUUGCACGACAUCGACAUCUUCUACAACAUGGCGCAUUUGGAUAUCGAAAUGGCUGGAUUUUGGGCGAAGCUGCCUCUGCUGCGGAAGCUUUUGCUGGCGCACCCGGAGGUCGAGUGGAUCUGGUGGAUGGACUCGGAUGCGCUCUUCACCGAUAUGACUUUCGACAUUCCUAUUGAGAAGUAUAAGGGCUACAAUAUGGUUCUGCAUGGUCUUGAAGAUGAGGUUUACGACCAGAAGAGCUGGCUAGGGCUCAACACUGGUAGCUUUCUCUUCCGCAACUGUCAGUGGUCACUCGAUCUUCUCGAGGUGUGGGCUCAGAUGGGACCCAAAGGCCCGGUUCGAAUAGAGGCGGGUAAGCUUCUCACGGCUUCGCUUGCCGGCCGGCCGGAGUUUGAAGCAGAUGACCAGAGCGCGCUGGUUUACUUGUUAGCGACCAACAAGGAGAGAUGGGGAUCGAAGGUGUUUUUGGAGCAUUCCUACUGCUUGCAUGGUUACUGGGUCAUGCUUGUGGAGCGCUUCGAGGAAUUGAUGGAAUUGGGCUCGCGUGGCGGUGGCGGUAUUGAUAGUGGUACAGACUAUUACCGAUGGCCGUUCGUGACACAUUUCGUAGGUUGCAAACCGUGUGGCAGAGACGGGACCAGUCAUUACGCUACCGACCGGUGCCUCAAGCACAUGGAGCGCGCUUUCAACUUUGCGGACAAUCAGAUCCUUGAGCACUACGGGUUCCAGCAUCAGACGUUGAACACUUACAAGACUCACCAAGUUGUGAACGAUACAUCGGAUCCCUUUGGAAUCGCAAGUCGUUUGCAAUCGCGGUAGCAGUCAUUUUCGUGGUCUCUGGGAACUACCCCGUGAACAGGAGACUAGCGGCGUCGAUUGGCAGCGUCCUCGUGGGGCAUGCUUCCUUCGAGUAGCUGUGCAACCUCUUGACGUGCACGUGAGAUUUAUUGAGAUUAAAAGGACGACUUGGGGGCAUCGCAUGGUUGUAAAUUUCAUCGGAGAAUUUCCUGCUCUGCGACUUUAACCAACAUUUGGGAAUAAUGGAGCCUGGGGACGAAUUUUUCGCGGUCGAUGUUAGCCAGCAGGAGAGAACUAUGACUUAUUAAACUCGCUCUGCGAGGGAGACGAACAAGCUUGGAGCGGUCCGGCAUCCACAAAUUGAGGGUUGGCGUUCGCGAUUCGGUCGACAUCAAUUGUCAGUAUGGAUGAUCCUGUGUGGUGUACUUGUAUAUCAUCGCAAUCUGAGGACUAGGUUAUAAAGUAAUCGGCGUUCAGAGUAACUGAUCCACAUCGUCAACCCAGAAUUUGACGCGAUUUAGUAGUGAUCACUUUAACCCCAACAUGCAGCAGUGCUCAGAUCUUUCUUCUCCCUCGACCAUUAGUUUGAUUUAUCGCUUGUGAUAUUAUUUACCAACUGGCGACUUGUUUGUCUGUCCAGUGAUGUGAAUACAUUCAAACUGGCAGCUCUAUUUGAUCACAAGCUCAAGUUGUGUCCAUGGACAUAUUGCUGACCUAA